ACAUCGUCCGAACUGUCACCGACAGCACCCCAUUCUCCCCCCUCCUCUCCCGUCGACCCAAUUGACCUCAGGUCUUCGACUUUCUACACUUCCUUUGCUUCCAAGUCUGCACGGCACAUGCGAUAAUGCUGUCGCGGUCUACCUUGGGCAAGAAAGCGCCCCGUGCGCUCCAGCAGCAGUGUUUUGCUAGCCGUCGGUCGAUGGCCUCUGCUGCCUCUCCAGGCUUCCAGUAUGAUGUCUCGGAGGCUGCAGGUGUCAAGGUCGCUCACAGAGAGGUCGCUGGCCCUACAACCACUCUGGCGUUGGUUGCGAAGGCCGGUGCUCGCUAUCAGCCCUUCCCUGGCCUUUCCGACGCUCUCGAAUAUUUCGCUUUCAAGACCACACUCAAGCGCUCGGCGCUGCGGAUCAACCGGGAGGUCGAACUGCUGGGCGGUGAGGUCUCCUCGACAAACUCUCGCGAGAACGUCGUUCUCAAGGCCAAGUUCCUCUCGAGCGAUCUUCCUUACUUCGCAGAGCUGCUUGCUGAGGUUGCAUCCCAAACGAAAUACCCCGCCCACGAAUUGAAGGAGGUUGUCCUUGGCCUUCUCCGUUACAAACAACAGGCCUUUGCCUCGAACUCUGAGGCUGUUGCUCUUGAUGCCGCUCACGGUGUCGCUUUCCACCGCGGCCUGGGUGAGACCCUCACCCCCACCAACGCUGUGUUCGACAAGUAUCUUUCUGCGGAUGCCAUCGCCGAAUUCGCCAAGGAGGCCUAUGCCAAGUCCAACAUUGCCCUUGUUGCCAGCGGUUCCAACUCCGCUGAGCUGUCCAAGUGGGUUGGCGAGUUCUUCAAGGAGCUCCCCACCGGCAGCGCCAAGGAGAGCCCUGCCUCAAAAUACUUUGGUGGUGAACAGCGCAUUGCCUCCAAGGCUGGAAGCUCUCUCGUGAUUGCUUUCCCUGGCUCCAGCGCCUUCGGUACCGCUGGCUACAAGCCCGAGGCUUCUGUCCUCGCUGCCCUCCUUGGCGGCGAGUCCAACAUCAAGUGGACCCCUGGUUUCUCCCUCCUGGCCCAGGCCACCCAGGGCUUCUCUCAGCUCCGUGCUUCCACCCAGAACCUUGCCUACUCUGAUGCUGGUCUUUUCACUGUCAGUCUGUCUGGCCAGGCUGGCCAGAUUGCCGCUGCUGGCAAGAACGUUGUUGAGAUCGUCAAGAAGACCGCCGCCGGCGAUGUUUCAAGUGAGACUAUCAAGAAGGCCGUUGCCCUCGCCAAGUUCCGUGCUCUCGAGUCUGUGCAGACUCUGGAGACCGGUAUUGAGGCCACCGGCUCUGGUCUGAUCAACGGCAGCAAGCCCUACCAGAUCGGUGAGAUCGCCAAGGCUAUCGAGGGCGUCACUGAACAGCAGGUCAAGGAGGCCGCCAAGACCUUCCUCUCUGGCAAGGCCUCCGUUGCCGCUGUCGGUGAUCUUUUCCAGCUCCCCUACGCCGAGGACCUUGGCUUGACUGUUUAAGUUGGAUACAUUACAGAUUAGAUUCGCAUGGAAAAAAUGCUCUUGCCAUGUUUUGUGUUCCUAGAUCAGUCUCCCCCGCAG